CUUGACGACAAUGCAUAGAGAGAGUGAGAUAGAGAAACAGAUCGAGAGUUAUCAUCUGAGAAUGAAAACAAGUCCAGAGAUUUGAAAUCAAUAACAGCAUAGCAAUGGCGAGCCUGAAAGUUCCAGCUAAGGUCCCUCUUCCUUCCGAGGACGCUGAGCAACUCCACAAGGCUUUCCAAGCAGGAUGGGGCACUGACGAGGCGAAGAUAAUCUCCAUCCUGUCCCACAGAAAUGCAGCACAGCGCGCCCUCAUCCGAAAGGUUUACCUCGAAGCUUACGGCGAAGAUCUCAUCGUGGCUUUGCGCAAGGAAAUCUCCGGCGACUUUGAGAGCUGCGUAACACUAUGGACAAUAGAACCAUCCGAGCGCGACGCACUUCUGGCACACGAAGCCGUCGCCAAGAAAGUGAACUCCAGCUACUGGAUCGUGAUGGAGAUCGCCUGCACGCGGUCGUCCGACGACCUGUUCAAAGUCCGGCAGGCGUACCAUGCUCGGUACAAGAAGUCGUUGGAGGAAGAUGUCAUGGAUCAGGCCAAAGGAGAAUUUCGCAAGUUGUUGGCUCCUCUGUUGACUGCGUUUCGGUACGAGGAAGGGAACGAGGUGGACCUGAGCCUGGCGAAAUCCGAGGCUAAGAUACUUCACGACAAGAUCGCGGCCAAGGCUUAUGGCGACGAUGAGAUCAUUCGGAUUCUAAGCACCAGAAGUAAGCCACAGCUGAACGCCACGCUUAAUCAGUACAAUGAUGCAUUUGGAAGUUCAAUCACCAAGCAUUUGAAGGAUGAUCCGAAAGACGAGUACCUGAAGCUACUGAGAGCAGCCAUAAAGUGCCUGACGUACCCAGAGAAGUACUUCGAGAAGGUGUUGAGGUUGUCGAUGAAGGGUUUUGGGACCGAUGAAUGUUCCCUUACGAGGGUGGUUGUCACCAGGGCAGAAGUGGAUAUGCAACGAAUCAAAGAGGAAUACCAUCGUCGAAACAGCGUCACCCUCGAAAGUGCAAUCUCUGGGGAUACCUCUGGCGACUAUGCCGCCAUGCUACUUGCCCUGGUCGGCCAUGGAGAUGCUUAACAAGCUUUUGUUUUGUUUUUUCUUUUCUCUUCUUUUACCCCUGUGUUGACGUAGAAACUCUAGAAUUGUGAUUUCAUUACCAGCAAUGAAAGCUUGUUCAGAAU